CAGAUCGGAAGGGGCCGGGUGUCGCGAGAGCUAGUGCGUCGACGGAAGGACCGUGAGCUGGACACCGGAAGCAGUUGCGUCCCUUCUCCGGCACCGAUGGGCGGGGGAGCGCCGAGUGCGUGAGAGGCGCCUGUUCUCGUUUUCCGCGGCGCAAGAUGGCGGACCUGUCCCUGGACGAGCUCAUCCGGAAGCGCGGGGUGACGGUGAAGGGUCGAUUGAAUGCCAGGCCAGGGAUUGGAGGCGUCCGGUCUCGCGUUGGGCUCCCGCAGAGCCUCCUGAGUCGGCCAGCACCAACUGCAGGUUUCCAACAGACAUUUGACGCUCGGCAAAAGAUCGGCGUCACAGAUGCCAGGCAGAAGUUGGGAGUCAAAGAUGCCCGGGAGAAACUUGUGCAGAAAGAUGCUCGCUUUCGGAUCAAGGGCAAAGUGCAGGAUGCCCGGGAGAUGCUGAACUCCCGAAAACACCAGAUCGUGGCGCCAGAGAAGGGGACCAAAGUGGCUGACGCCCGGGAGAAGAUCAGCCUGAAACGGAGCUCCCCCGCGUCCCUGCUGAGGCCAGCCACCGGCACGCUGCCGCCCACCAUGAAGAUCACCAAAACCAUCCAGAAGGCUGCCCUCCCGAUUCUUCCCCAUCCAGCUGGAAUGAGAAUCAAUGUGGUCAACAACCAUCAGCAUAAACAGGGCCUGUAUGAUGUAGAUGAAGAUGAUGAAGCUGCCCCACCCAUGGCCAGCAAACAGAUGAAGGUCUCUGCCCCCCCUGGCUUCCUGCAGCACAUGGCAGGGCUCAGCGGCUCCAAAUUCUCCUUAUCCAAGACCCUUCCUCUCACCAAAGUCGUCCAGAAUGACACGUACACAGCCCUUCCCGCCCCACCUUCCCCUCUACGGACAAAAGCCUUGACCAACAUGUCCCGGACCCUAGUGACCAAGGAAGAGCCCCCCAAAGAGACACCCCCUGCCGAGCCUGUCCUCAGCCCGCUGGAAGGGACCAAGAUGACUGUGAACAACCUGCACCCUCGGGUCACUGAGGAGGACAUCGUGGAGCUUUUCUGUGUGUGUGGAGCCCUCAAGCGAGCCCGCCUGGUCCAUCCUGGGCUGGCUGAGGUUGUGUUUGUGAAGAAAGAAGAUGCCAUCACCGCCUAUAAGAAGUACAACAACAGGUGUCUGGACGGGCAGCCGAUGAAAUGCAACCUUCACAUGAACGGCAGCGUUAUCACAUCGGACCAGCCCAUCUUGCUGCGACUCAGCGACAGCCCGUCAGUGAAGAAGGAGGGUGAGCCUCGGAGGCUGAGCUCCGGUACCUCGUCUCACCCGCCCGCAGAAGUGGAUCCUGACACCAUCCUGAAGGCUCUCUUCAAGUCUUCUGGGGCCUCGGUCUCGGUGCAGCCCACGGAAUUUAAGAUUAAACUUUGAAAAGGGAAUCUGGGCUGCCGGAAGGCAGGAGAGGAGGGAGGCAACGGCCGCCCGCCUGCCCUCGCGCUGGCUCAGACACGGGCUGUGCUGCCACGUGGACAGAGUCCACGGGAGCUCACGCCUUUCUCGUGGGACCGUGCUGGCACUGGCCGGCUGUGGGUGGCGCUUUCUUUCUGCACUCACGCCCUCCCCUGUACCAUAGUGUUUUCUUUAGGGUGUGUUUUCCCUUUUUUCCUCUCUCCUUCCCUUCCUCUCAGUUGGGGUUUUCGCUUUGUUUGGUCAGAUCUGUUCCCCUGUUCUUAUCUCCAGGCUAGAAGAUGCCCUGGGGUCCGACCCUCGCUCUUGGGUGUCCAAGAGCCCCAUCCCACUAGGGAGGAGCCAGGCAGAUGGAGAGAAAGCUCCUUCUCCAGGCCUCAGGCUUUGCCCCUUUCCACUCCUCUGGGAAAGAGGUCACCUGGGGCUCCUGCUGCUAGCGGGAGCCCCGGAUGGGGGUGGGGUGCCAGGGGACACCCAGUGUCCCAUUCCCACCUCCCUGUGGCCCCGGAGCUCGGCCUCAGGGCUGAGAGGGCCCAGGCUGGGAGGUGGUCUCCUGGCCAAUGAGAAGAGCUUGGGGGGGGCGGGGUGCUUACUGCAGGCCUGUCCUGUGGUCUAGACGUGGCCCUGCCCAUCCCCCUUGCCACCUUCUCCUGACCUCCACAGAAGCCACACACACACACAGGACCUUCAUGAUAGACUUGGGUCACCUGUUGCCUGUGCCCAGCCCCUCCCCAGGCCAGAGGAGUGGGAUGUCUUGUUGGCCACUGCCCUCUCUCCUUGCCCCUGUCUAGCCAGCUGUGCUGAAGAGCUCCACUUGCUUGGCUUUGAGAACAGGGUUGUUGAGGGGAGAUUGGGAAGUGCUCCCCGGCGUGGGCCUUCCCAGAAGAGCCCCACCACCUAGAAGCCAGCUGGGCGUCCGAGGCGAGACCCCUCCGGGCAGCCCAGGAAAAGGAGAUGGCCACAGACUCAUUUUUCUCUCCAUAGCUUUCAAAUUCCCUGGGGAAAGUUGAAGAGGUACCCAGUAUUGGGGAGGCCUCACCCUUGGGCGUGACGGCGGCAGCGUCCCUUCCUCUCUCCCUGCCUCCCAGGAAGGGGCUGGGGUUUGGCGGGCCUGGGCCUCGGCCCCCCCCUUUUGGUCACCAUCCGUGUCUCAUUUUGUUCGGAGGGAGAGGGGGGGGCAUCGAGUCAGGAAAGACUGUGUAUUCACCUGUUUCUGAAUAAACGUUUGUUAUACCUAGA